CCGCAGACUUCGCUGGCCCCGGAAGAGGAGACCCAGGCCCGGCUGCUGCCCGCAGGCCCCGGAGAGGAGACCCCGGGGGCCGAGGGCGCCCCGCUGCCCCGCACGGCGCUCUCCGCGCGGCGCUUUGUGGUGCUCCUGAUCUUCAGCCUGUACUCGCUGGUGAACGCUUUUCAGUGGAUCCAGUACAGCAUCAUCAGCAACGUCUUCGAGGGCUUCUACGGAGUCCCCUUGCUGCACAUCGACUGGCUGUCCAUGGUGUACAUGCUAUUCUACGUGCCCCUCAUCUUCCCGGCCACCUGGCUGCUAGACACCAGAGGCCUGCGGCUCACCGCCCUGCUGGGCUCCGGCCUCAACUGCCUGGGCGCCUGGGUCAAGUGCGGCAGCGUGCAGCAGCAUCUCUUUUGGGUCACCAUGUUGGGCCAGUGCUUGUGCUCUGUGGCCCAGGUGUUCAUCUUGGGCUUGCCCUCCCGUAUCGCCUCGGUGUGGUUUGGGCCGAAGGAGGUGUCAACAGCUUGUGCCACCGCCGUGCUGGGCAAUCAGCUUGGAACUGCAGUUGGCUUUUUGCUACCACCAGUUUUAGUGCCCAACACACAGAAUAACACAAAUCUCCUGGCUUGUAAUAUCAGCACCAUGUUUUAUGGAACAUCAGCUGUCGCCACACUUUUAUUUAUUUUAACAGCAAUUGCAUUCAAAGAAAAACCUCAGUAUCCACCAAGUCAGUCUCGAGCAGCUCUUCAAGACAGUCCCCCUGCGGAGUACUCCUAUAAGAAGUCAAUGAGGAAUCUGUUCAGAAACAUUCCCUUCAUCCUUCUGUUGAUCAGUUAUGGUAUCAUGACUGGAGCAUUUUAUUCAGUGUCAACACUAUUAAAUCAAAUGAUAUUGAAAUAUUAUGAGGGAGAAGAAGUGAAUGCUGGAAGGAUUGGGCUGACACUGGUAGUAGCUGGAAUGGUGGGCUCUGUUCUCUGUGGUUUAUGGCUGGAUUAUACCAAAACGUACAAACAGACUACUCUGAUCGUUUACAUUUUGUCUUUUAUUGGAAUGCUUAUAUUUACGUUCACGUUGAACCUUGGAUACAUUAUUAUCGUGUUUGUUACUGGAGGAGUGCUUGGUUUUUUCAUGACUGGUUAUCUCCCCUUGGGUUUUGAAUUUGCUGUUGAAAUUACUUACCCUGAAUCUGAAGGCACUUCAUCUGGUCUUCUUAAUGCUUCUGCACAGAUAUUUGGAAUUUUGUUCACAUUGGCUCAAGGGAAGCUCACAUCAGACUAUGACCCUAGGGUUGGGAACAUUUUCCUCUGUGUUUGGAUGUUAAUAGGCAUCAUUUUAACAGCACUAAUCAAGUCUGAUCUGAGAAGACACAACAUAAAUAUCGGAAUCACAAACGUUGAUAUUAAAGCUGUGCCAGUUGAUAGUCCCACAGAUCAAGAACCAAAAACUGUUAUGUUGUCCAAGCAGUCAGAAUCAGCAAUUUGAGGUGAAAGAAAAGUUAAUAUCCUGUGGUAAUUGGGAUGCAGCGUGAUGAUCCUUGGAGAGAUACAUGAGCAGCAAGACUGGGUUUAUAGGUUGUGGGGAAUGGAUAUUGGUGCAAAAAAAGAAAAAUGAAAGCUUAGAAGACUUUCUAAAAAGAUAAUAUGGGGGUCCAGUUCCCAUAAGACACAUGAGAGUACAUGCAGUUUAUAUGUAAAAAUACUCAGUGGGACCAAAUGUACAAUAUAUUCCUAAUUGGCUACCUUUCCACUGUGCUGACCAACUGUCCAGGCCACCUCAGUAUAAGCACAGUAUACCCCCACCUGACACUACUGAUCCACUGAAGGACAGGAUUGGGAUCCAGCUUUCUGAUAACCUCUAAGAUUUUUCCCAUUUCUUAUACUCUUGCUACAAAGUGCUCCUAACAGGUACUUGUCAAUAGCUACAAACUCUUUUGUGUGCAGAAUCUACCCGUGACGUUGGUCUUAGAAUUAUGUUCUAACUCUGCUAAGGAGCCCAGACACUGGCUCAUUAUCUCAAAUUCUUCUCUGUGCUGCCUUCCUACCCUGGAAAGUGCUGACACUAUAUUUUUUCACUCUAACAUAGAAUAGAGUAGUUUUGUACCCAUUGCCUUUUUUUACUUCCUUCUUUUUUUCAAUUUCUAGUAAGAAAAUUUUAUCAUAUGUGUUACUGGCUGUUUCCUGCUUUCUUGUAUCACAUCCUAUAUUCUGCCUUGAAGAUUCCUGAGAUAAGGAAAUCCAUAAUAACUUCAGAUAGCCUAGGUUCCCCCAUUUAGUGGAGACUGCUUGAAAUGCUACCUGUUGUAAUUCUGAAGUCAUUCUUACGCCCGUUCUCCUUUGAGGAAUACUGUGCUGUGCCAGGUGCGUGCUCCAUCAGUGCGGCUGGGGGAGUUGGUCCUCUUCUCACAACAGAGUGUGUGUCAUCACCACACCGUUGGAACCGUCUGCUCUUUUUCAUGCUCAGGAAACACUGAUUUUGACAACUGCCCACGGAAAAGAGUACCUUUGUGGCAGUCUGGAACUCCAGCAUAGAAUUUCCGGUGCACCACUGGAGCAAAAAAUCCGAGGACAGUGCUUUGAGGAAGACUGGGAGAAGGCACAGCAACGAGUACUUCAGGCCCCACUAGAGAAGACCCGAGGGAGGCUCAGCACUUGGCCUGGCUUUGCGGGAUUGAAAGAAAGCAUACCAAAAUAACCAUUUCCCAAAACAAAACAAAAAGGUGGUGAGAAGAAUGGCACUGUUUCAUGUCUAAAGAGUGCAAACCUCUUUAGUUCCUGGCGUUAUAGAAGACAGCUGGAUUAUUCAGAUUCUGCAUUCAGUCUGUUGGGAUCUGCUGUUUUGAUAUGUGUGGAGAAAAGCCUUGCACACAUGUAGUUGGAAACAGUGAAGUAUCGUCGAUUAAAAUGAUCCAAGACGCAAAGGAAGACACAGCAGACGAGAUGCAGGUGAAGAGCAGGGGGCUACU